GAUGGGAUCAGAGACACAGCCUCAGCUGCCUACAGCGGAAGUUACCCGACUACACGAGGCUCCCAAACUACACUUCCCACAAUUCCCGGGAAAACUCUUUACCUCUUUGCCUGACUGGGACGCAAGUGCAGUCGGCCAAGCUGAGAGCCUGGAUUGUGUUUCACCUGCGCCGCUCCCAGAGGAAUUCCUUAAUUCGCCCUUCUUGGAACCGAAAUGCUUCCAAAGACAGAGAGCUCGUAUAUAUAUUUCUCUAUUUGCCCCAGCGGACCGUGCAUGAAAGGCGUCUUUCCUGGAGCCGGUGUCUCUGACCCUGUGGAUCUUCUGGACAAUUCCCAGAAUCGCUUUCAGGGCAGCACUUCCCCUUAAGUAGUCUCUUUCUCGUUUGGACAGUCAGUAUUUGCAUAGACACUAUUCUCUUUUCGUUAGUCUAACUUUAUACUAAGGCCAGCUUGACUGCCUUCCCCCUAAAGUUUUUUUUUUCUUAAACGCGACACAAACCCAAACAAACUUGACCAAAGCGGACUCUACUUACCUACCGACCUACCUACCGAUCAACCAACCAACCAACCAAGAAAAUACCCCAUAAAGGAGAGAACGGAGAAGGUUGCAAUACGAAAAACAUAACAAAAAAUUACAGAAUGGAAGUGAUGGGUACGCUAAAAAUGCAGGUACUGAAAGGAAAUUGGGCUGAUGUAUACUGGACACCGAAUUUAAGGAAUACAAAAUCUCAACCUUUCUUUAACUGGAUUACCUUUUUAUUCCAUUUCGGUGUGGACGCGUCUGAAACUGAUAGUGCUGUUGCUACUUGCCAUAAUGUAUUUGUUGCAAGAUCCACAAGAACGUGGCUGCCAAGAAUCCACAAAAAACAGAUGCAACCGCUGAUGAGGCCAUAAGCAGAUGGUUCCCACGUUUCCUUGACUUUACUGAUGAUGAAAUGCUACUCAUAAGGCAAAUGGAAGGACUGUAUCAAUACAGACAGAAUAUUAUUAUGGGAAGGCGUAAGUCCCUUAUAACAUCCUGCAUUUUUUUUUUCUUCCUUGGGAAAAUCUAUUACAUCACCUAUUUUCACCCUGCCCUUAUUAUCUUAAAUACUGUAAGUUGUCUUAUGGAAGACAGAAUCAUUCAGGGAAGAUGGUGAAUGGGUUGACACGAUCCAGAGAAGUAAGAGGAAAAUAAAAAGAUAUAACGGCCAAUCUGUGAAAAUGCUCAGUGGCUUAAAAGACACUAUUAAGAGAUGAGACUAUUUGAUUAUUUAAUGAGUCCUUUCCAAGGAAAUGGUUUUGAAAAUACAUAUGGUUUACAUAUUAAAGUAGAUCAAUCUGAUAAUAGAUGAAAUUUUUUGAUAAAAUGAAAGGAAAAUUUAAAAAUACAAGGGACAGAAUGAUGCUUUGAGUACUUCCACUUCCAGUAAUAAUAAAAUGAGUGAUGUGGAACAAAUAUCUGGCAGACGAAAGGUGGGCAAAUUUUUCAAAUGUCACAAGGCAUCAAAAGACAACCUAAAAAUAUCAUUUAUUUGAAUAGGAGAAUGUUUGAGGGCACAUAUUAAAAAUAAAAAACAACAUAAUUUAUUUUUUCCAUUAUAUCCUCCACUACCCACUCUCAUUUUCUCCCUGCUACAUCAGUAGCUAGGCUGAUCUCUUUAAUGUGUGCCUGUUGUUGGUAUGGCCUUUUGGCAAAAUGUGUGGAAUUUGGGGUGCAUAUGUAUGGUUUGUGUUAUAAAACUCUUAAACUUUUUCACUCAAAACUAUGUUUUUCUCAAUAUUUUACUACAAAAUUUUUUUGAGACAGGGUCUCACCUUGUCACCUUGGCUGGAGUACUGGCAUGAUCACAGUUCACUGCAGCCUUGACCACUGGGCUCAAGCAAUCUUCCAACCUCAGCCUCCAAAGUAGCUGGGACUAUUGGUGUGCCCAACCACAUCUGGCAUUUUUUUUUUCAAAGAUGGGGUCCCACUAUGUUGGCCAGGCUGGUCUCUAACUCCUGGCCUCAAGUGAUCUUCCCACCUUGGCCUCCCAAAGUGCUGGCCUUACAGGCAGGAGCCACUGUGCCUAGCCCUGAAAUUUUUUAACAUAAAGAAGAGUCGGAAGAGUUAUACAGUGUUGACCCAUAUAUUCUCAGCUUAGAUUCUAAAAUUAGCAACAUGUAUUUCUUAGCCGUUCACCUAGCCAUGUUACUUAUCAGUUAUCUAUUCAUCAGAACAUUAACAUUACCCUCCAAAUUCCCUCAUGACACUUCCCUGUAAGUCUCUAACCCCUUCCCCUGGUGGCAACCACUGUUCUAUUUUUUCACCAUACAUUUAAAUAAUUUUAGAACAUUAAAUAUACGGAACCAUAUGGUAAGUACUCUUCUGCAUUCCAAUUCUUUUGAGUAUAGUGUUUUUCAGAUGCAUCCAUGUUGAUGCACUAUCAGUCAUUUGAUCCAUUUUAUUACUGAGUGAUGUUUAAUGCACGAAUAUGUGUUUUUUUGGAAACCUGCUUACAUUUUAAUUUUUUUAACUAUUAGGAAUAAAGCUCCUGCAGCAUACUUAUAAAAGUCUUUUUACAGGCAUAUGCUUUCUUUUCUCUGGAAUAAACAUCUAUUAUUAGAAUUGUUUGAUGUGUUUAACUUAAGAAACUACCAGAUCGCUUUCCGCACUACCUGCCGAGGGCUCCAAACGGCGUUGUUCCGGAUUCCCGUCGUAACUUAAAGGGAAACUUUCACAAUGUCCGGAGCCCUUGCUGUCCUGCAAAUGGAGGAUGUCCUUAAGUUCCUGGCAGCAGGAACCCAUUUAGGUAGCACCAACCUUGACUUCCAGAUGGAACAGUAUAUCUAUAAAAGGAAAAGUGAUGGCAUCUACAUCAUAAAUCUGAAGAGGACCUGGGAGAAUCUUCUCCUGGCAGCUCGUGCCAUUGUUGCCAUUGAAAACCCUGCUGAUGUCAGUGUUACAUCCUCCAGGAAUACUGGCCAGAGGGCCAUGCUGAAGUUUGCUGCUGCCACUGGAGCCACGCCAAUUGCUGGCCGCUUCACUCCUGGAAUCUUCACCAACCAGAUCCAGGCAGCCUUCCGGGAGCCAUGGCUGCUUGUGGUUACUGACCCAAGGGCUGACCACCAGCCUCUCACAGAGGCGUCUUAUGUUAACCUACCUACCAUUCCUCUGUGUAACAAUAGCGCAGAUUCUCCUCUGUGCUAUGUGGACAUUGCCGUCCCAUGCAACAACAAGGGAGCUCACUCAGUGGGUUUGUUGUGGUGGAUGCUGGCUCGGGAAGUUUUGCACAUGCGUGGCACCAUUUCCUGUGAACACCCGUGGGAGGUGAUGCCUGAUCUCUACUUCUACAGAGAUCCUGAAGAGAUUGAAAAAGAAGAGCAGGCUGCUGCUGAAAAGGCUGUGACCAAGGAGGAAUUUCAGGGCGAAUGGACUGCUCCAGCUCCUGAGUUCACUGCUACUCAGCCUGAGGUUGCCGACUGGUCUGAAGGGGUGCAGGUGCCCUCUGUGCCUAUCCAGCAGUUCCCUACUGAAGACUGGUCUGCAGCUCCCACUGCUCAGGCCACUGAAUGGGUAGCAGCAACCACUGAAUGGUCUUAAGCUGUUCUUGUGUGGCCGCUUAAACAACAUAUAAGGUUCAUGGAAAAUAAACAUUGAGUUUCUAAAAGAAAAAGAAACCACCAGAUCAUUUCCCAGAUUAAUUUCACACUGCCUCCCAAAAUACAUGCAAUUUCUGAUUGUUUUGAAUCCUAAUAAGCAUUUAUUGUUAUCAGUAUCUUUUUUUUUUAGACGGAGUUUCACUGUUGUUACCCAGGCUGGAGUGCAAUGGCAGGAUCUCGGCUCACCGCAACCUCCGCCUCCUGGGUUCAAGCAAUUCUCAUGCCUCAGCCUCCCGAGUAGCUGGGACUACAGGUGCGCACCACCAUGCCCAGCUAAUUUUUGUACUUUUAAUAGAGAUGGGGUUUCACCUUGUUGACCAGGAUGGUCUCGAUCUCUUGACCUCGUGAUCCACCCGCCUCGGCCUCCCGAAGUGCUGGGACUAUAGGCGUGAGCCACCACACCACCACACCCGGCCAGUAUUUUUUUUUUUCAUAUUAAACUUCUUUUUCUUUUUCUUUUUUCUGUUUUUUUGUAUUUUAGGUUUUGGGGUACAUAUGAAUUUUUUUUUUUUGAGAAAGAGUUUCACUCUUGUCAUCCAGUCUGGAGUGCAGUGCCAUGAUCUUGGCUCACUGCAACCUCUACCUCCUGGGUUCAAGCGAUUCUCCUGCCUUUGCAUCCUGAGUAGCUGGGAUUAUAGGAACUUGACACCAUGCCUAGCUAAUUUUUGUAUUUUUAAUAGAAACAGAGUUUCUCCACGUUGGCCAGGCUGGUCUCGAAUUCCUGACCUUGGGUGAUCGCCUAUCUCAGCCUCCCAAAGUCCUGGGAUUACAGGCAGGAGCCACCGCGCCCAGCCUGUUAUCAGUAUUUUUAAUAUCUGCCAUUCUGGUGGUUGUGUAGUUGUAUCUCACUGCAGUUUUCAUUUGCUUUUCCCUGAUGACCAAUGAUAUCAAACACACUUCUUCAUGGGCUAUAUUAACAAUUUGCAUGUCUUCUGUUGUAAAGUAACGGUUCAAAUUUUGCCCAUUAUAAUUGAGAUGUUGGACUCUUUAAUAUUGUAUUGUAGAAAUCUUUAUAUAUUUUCGAUGUCAGUCGGCCUGAAAUUUGGGCAGAGUAUAAGGUAGACGAUACUUAGGCCCUUAGGCAAAACCCUUUGCUUGACAUCUUUUUCCCUGGAUUUCGUCUCUCACUUUCCAGGUCCUCUGUCACCUAGCUCUUCAAGCCAGUGGACACUGCAGAAGCAUCCACGGGUUCAAGGAAACAGGGAUCAAAAAUAUUCAGGAAAAAAACAAUAAAAUUUAGCAACACAACAGUAAAAACAACACAAGUAAAAAACCCAAUACAGUAAAAAACUAUUUACAUGGCAUUUUUAUCGUAUAAGGAUAGAAAUAAUUUGAUAUAUACAGGAUGAUAUGCAAAGGUUACAUGAGAAUUUUAUGGCCAUUUUACAUAACGAACUUGAGCAUCCAUGGACUUUGAUAUCCAUAAGGGUCCCUGAACCAGUUCCCCACCUAUACCAAGGGACUACUGUAUCCAGGAUUUUUUCAUCUAGUUCAUGAAGAAUAUUCAUCUGUAGUUUUCUUUCCUUGUAAUUUCUUUGUCUGGUUUGGUAUUAUCAGAUUAAUGCUGGCCUCAUGAAACAAGCCAGAGGUGGGUGGGUGUCUCUUUUUGUUUCUGGGUUUAUUUACAAUUCACAUCUUUACUCUUUACAUGUUUAGUAGAAUCUACCAAUGAAGUAAUCUCUUCGUUCGUUUUGUUUGUUUGUUUGAAUGGACCAAGACAUCCAAUGAAGUAAUCUCAAUAUUGUUUUGCUGUUGUUAUUAUUGUUGUUGGAAGGCUUUAUCCAUUAAAUCCGUUUCGAAAUAUGUCUCAGGCCAGACAGUUGCAAUGGCUCACGCCUGUACUCCUAGCACUUUGGGAGGCCAAGGCAGGCAGCGCGCUUGAGCCCAGGAGUUCAAGACCAGCCCAGGCAACAUGGUAAAACCCCAUCUCUACAAAAGAUACAAAAAAUUAGCCGUGCAUGGUGGUGUAAGCCUCUAGUCCCAGCUACUCAGGAUGCUGAGGUGGGGCGGGAGAAUCAACUGAAUCUGGGAGUUUGAGGCUCAGUGAGCCAUGGUCGUGCCUCUGCACUCAAGCCUGGGUGACAGAGCAAGACCCUGUCUCAAAAAAAAUUUAUACAUUUAUAUGUAUGUAAAAAUUAUAUAUACACACAUACAUACACAGAACUAUCUAGGUUAUCCAUUCUUUUUGAGUGAGCUUUGGUAGUUUGUGCCUUUCAAGUAAGAUUCCAUGUCAUACAAAUUGAUGAACUGAUGAACAGAGUUGUUCGUAAUGUUCCCUUAUAAUCCUUUUAAUACCUGUAAAAACUGCAAUAACGUUCCCUCCCUCCUGAUUUUUGUUUUCUUUUUCCCUGUUGGUCAGUUACUUGAAAGGUUUAUCAACUAUAUUGAUCUUCUCAAAGAAUCAGGUUAUGAGUUUACUGAUUUUUAAAUAUCGUUUUCCUGUUUCCAAUUUCGUUGACUUAUGUAGACAUCACAAAACGUCACUGUCCUCUCAGGGACCGAGCUGGGCUCAAGAAUUAAGUUAACAUAACAUAGAUUAACAGGAGAACAGCAUGAAAAUUUAUUUAAUACAAGUUUUACAUGGGACCAGAGCCUUCAUAAGAGAAUGAAGCUCCAGCCGGGCGCGGUGGCUCAAGCCUGCAAUCCCAGCACUUUGGGAGGCCAAGGCAGGGGAUCAUGAGGUCAAGAGAUCGAGACCAUCCUGGUCAACAUGGUGAAACCCUGUCUCUACUAAAAAUACAAAAAAUUAGCUGGGCAUGGUGGCACGUGCCUGUAAUCCCAGCUACUCAGGAGGCUGAGGCAGGAGAAUUGCCUGAACCCACAAGGCAGAGGUUGCAGUGAGCUGAGAUCGUGCCACUGUACUCCAGCCUGGGUAACAAGAGCGAAACUCUGUCUCAAAAAAAAAAAAAAGAAAAAGAAAAUAGAAAAUGAAGCUCCAAAGAAACAGUCAGUUAUGUAUAUACUGUAGUGAACAAAGAAUAGUACGUUGUUAAGAAGCCAUUAGGCCGGGCCUGGUGGCUCAUGCUUGUAAUCCAAGCACUUUGGGAGACAGAGGCAAGAGGAUAGCUUGAAACCAGGAGUUUGAGACCAUCCUGGGCAACACAGUGAGACUGCAUCUCUACAAAAUAAAAAUAAGUUAAAAAUAAAAAAUAUUAUUUUUUAAAGAAGAAGCAACUAGAUCAUGUGGAGAGGCUUGAAAGAUGUUAUUUUAAGGUGGUCUGUGUGAAAUUUUGGGCUUGACUUCUCAUUUUGAGGAAAAGCAUGUUGCUCCUUUUUUCUACUAUAAGGAAGGUAUUUUCCUUCCUUCCUUCCCACCCUCCCUCCUUCCUUCCUUCUUACCAUUUCACUUUCUUUUCUUUCUUCUUCUUUCAAGACAGGCUGUGUGAGGCCCUGUCUUGAAAGAAGAAAGAAAAUAAAGGGAAAAAGUCACAAUCAAAACUCACUAAACUGCAGUGUUGAAUUCCUGUGGUCAAACGAUUCUCCUGCCUCAGCUUCUGGAAGAGCUGGGACUACAGGUAAACACUUGGCAUUUUUUUUUUUUUAAGAGAUGGGGCCUUGCCAUGUUGCCCAGGCUGGUCUUGAGCUCUUAGUCUCAAGGCUCUCACCUGGACCUCCCAAAAGCACUGGGAUUACGGGUGUGAGCCACCGCACCCAUCCAAGAGGGUGUCUUUCACAAGGGAAAUUUAUUUUCUGUUUUUAAGAACUGGUACAAACAUCACAGUGAUCUUUUUGCACCUGCUAUUUUCCAAGUGCCUUUAACUUAGUAUACCAGAGUGGUAUAUUAACUCACUUGUUUUUUCCUUCAUUCUGCUUGCUUUGGUUUCAA